GUAACACUGGCGGUGAGUUUCUUUGGAAAACAUUUCUGUUUAUUUCCACGUAAAGCUAAAGAAAUAGAACAAUUGGAACCGUUUCAAUAAUAUAUUAUGCGGACUAUGUUUGUGUCUUUAAUCUGUUUAGUUAAAAAUAUCGCUUUAACGAGCGAAUUUCAAACAAAAAAAAAAGGUUGUUGGAGGAAAGCAUGACCGAGCAAAGGCAGAUGUUUAUAGAUAUUGAAGCAGAGUCCAAGAGCUCCACAGCUGCCGGAGGAAGAGGAUUGAAUCCUCCCCUCUGGACUCACAGUGACAACUCUUUUACAUUUAACUUCCUGUCUGAAAACCAGCCGCCGCCUCAGGAGGAUCCACCACCAGCAGACCACGCCGAGGCAGCCCCGGUAUUCAUCACAGGACAGGACUCACAUUUUACUUUCAACUUCCAAAUCCCCCCUGGAGUAGAAGACGUGGAUAUGGCCGAGGCUGCAAAACCCUCAUCAUCCAGAAACGAGGAGGAGAAAUCUCCUGUUUUGCAGGAGGGAGUUAGGCCACCUGAGCUGUCAGUGCGAUCCAAAACAAAGAAGAAGAAGAAAUCAGAGAAGAAUAAACCAUCUGACUCUGAGCCACAGCCAGAUGAGGGCAGUCGGAGAGAUGAAGAGCAGAGCGCAGAAGAGCAGUUGAACAGGCAGCUGGACUGGUGUAUCGAGCAGCUGGAGCUGGGACUGAGGUCCCAGAAGGGAACGCCAAAGCAAAAAGAGGAGGCCUCUCGAGCUCUAAAAACUCUCCGGAGCUCCAAAGCUCCUCUGGUGAAGAAGAGGCAGGUGAUGAGAUCCAUGGCAGGAGAUUACAGGAAAAAAAUGGAUGAAGAGAAGAACAAGCAGUUUAAGCUGAUUCAGAAUGAAAUGGCAUCAGCUCAUGUCAAAGCGGUGUCAGAUUGCCCAAAGAAGUCAGUUUUUCACCGGAGAGCUGAAGUGAAGAUGCAGCCAGCAGCCUCAGAGGAGCACCUACCGCCAACACAACCCCAGGAUGAUGAAAAACCAAACACACACACGCAACAAGAGACUUUUGUUUUUGUUCCAUCAAAGGAGGAGUUUAGCUUUAAUUUUUUCUAAUUUUGCUCCCCUGGAGAUAACUUUACCUGAUGAACGAUUGUGGAGAAACACUCCACCUGCUUUAUUGAUACUAACUGUGUAAUAAUACAGGCAUUAAUAUUUUAAUUACAGCCUUAUUACUCAUUUAUUUCUGUCUUUAUAAAACUUUUGUUAGAAGUUUAGUUUUAAUUGAAAAAAUAAAACUAUAGAGUUA